AGUUUAUCAUCUCUCCAUUAAAACCUAAACGAAAACCUCUCCUCUCUUCGAAGAAUUUCUUCAACUAAUAUAUAUAACCAUGAAAAGUCUCUCAUUUCUUGCAGUUCUAUCUCUCUUGGCUAUUACACUUUCAUUAACCAAGGCUUCGGACCCUAGCCCUCUUCAGGACUUCUGCGUCGCGGUCGACACCCCAGCUUAUGGUGUAUUUGUGAACGGAAAGUUCUGCAAGGACCCGAAGCUGGUCACAGUAGAUGACUUCUUUAUCUCAGGGAUUAACAAACCAAGAACACCUAAUCCAACAACUGGGUCUAUUGUGACACCCGUCAAUGUUAACCAGAUUCCAGGGUUAAACACCCUUGGAAUCUCCAUUGUCCGUAUUGAUUAUGCAAUAAACGGACAGAACCCACCUCACACCCAUCCACGUGCCUCCGAGAUCUUGUAUGUUGCGGAUGGAACACUUUUAGUUGGUUUUGUCACGUCAAACACAGACAAUCGCCUCUUUACUAAAGUACUCUACGAGGGUGAUGUAUUUGUGUUUCCAGAGGGACUCAUUCAUUUCCAAGCCAACGUUGGGAAAUAUCCCGCGGUUGCAUUCGCUGGUCUGAGCAGCCAAAACCCAGGGGUCAUCACUAUUGCCGACACCGUGUUUGGGUCUAACCCACCAAUAGACCCGAAUGUUCUUGCAACGGCGUUCCAGUUGGAUGCUAGGACUGUCAUGGAUCUACAGACCAAGUUCAAAAAAUAAUAAUAUUGUGCAUUGAAUUGCUUUCAUUUUAUGUACCUUCAGCUAAAUAAGGAUCUUGUAUUAUC